UAACUGUAUAUACACUUUAAAAGGAAUUUUCUGUUUGUCAGACAUAUUUAAUACAAACAUGAAGCGUGUUAAAACUCUUCCAUUCAUUGUGAGUUCACAACCAACAAAAUUUGAAAUUCGUUGUUGUGGAUGCAAAUAUUCAAUUAAUUCAGAUCAACUCCGACUUGGUGUACGGGAAUAUAAAUCUAGUUCCUGGUUUCAUUAUGUUUGUUUCUGGACUAACUGUUACUAUAGAAACCAUUUGCGGGGUGUUGAUGGAAAUACACUUGCUGAACUAGUGGACGGUUUCUCCAGUAUUCCUCCGAGUGAUAAAAGUAGACUUCUCACCGAUGCCAGUUCCGCACCCUCAAUUGGUCGACGAAAAUCUGGAUCUAAAUUAGAAAUCCCUUAUGAAGGUUCAGAAGCGGAUGGUGAUUACGAACUGGAUGACCACACUUUUGAUUUGACGAAUUUAGUAUGUUGUGCUGUAACCAAAGUGCAGACGAACAUGCACGUGAGCAUCCGGAAUUACUUUAUUCCUAGAGGACGCACUUGCGCAAAACCAACGAAAUACGGAAUCAGUCUAAACUGUGAACAAUGGAAUAAAUUAGAAUUACAGGUAGAUGAAAUCAAUAGUGCCAUUGCUACUACACAGAAAACAUUGAAAGAUAAAGAAAAAGAGAAAGAUAAAAAGGAUUGCAAAGAUAAGAAUAAAUUGCCGGGAAAAGAAGAAUUUCCAGACUGGAUUUUGUUUUCACUGUCAUGGAAACGUCGUGUUGGUGUCUUUGCCUCCGGAGAAGAAGUGGUUGUUGAUAUUCGCGAGUUUUCGGAAGAAAAAACGUUUUCCGAGUCGGACCGAGGUAUUAGGCUUAAACCAGAUCAAUGGAAACAGCUACAGGAAAAUAUAAACAAUAUAAACAAGUCAUUACGCAAGUUGUCUUGAUGAAUAUAAACUUCGACACUAUUAAAUCGUAAUUAAUUAAUGACAACUAAUGCUAUUGUCAGCUGAAUAUAAAGUGUGGAUUUUAUGCUUGAAUCAGGACUUCUUUUUUUUAGAAUGCACAGGACAGUUUUGAAUCGAGAUACGCCUUCAGCACUGUAGCCAUCGGCUUUAACCACUAGACCACACUAAACCGUCGGACCAUCGAACCGUAGGACAAAAAAAGUCGUCGGACUAUUGAACCAUAGAACCGUCGGACCAUUGGACCGUCAGUCUAUUGAAAAGGUCGGACUACCACUACGGCCCAACAAUACAAUAUACCGGACUCUUAUAAGACAAUUUGUCGUUUCAAGAAUCGUCAUGUGUUGCUAAAUAUGAAAUAAAUGUUGAAACUCAAGUCUAAUCCCCCUCAGUCUGUAAGAAUAUCGCAAUACACUAUAGAUAUUGCUUGAAGUAUCUUUUACAAAAACGGGUUAAACAGAGCAUUCAAAUGGUACAAAGCCAAGUUAAACAAUAGAAAUCAUGCCCAAAAGAAAAGGAAAAAUACAAUCAAUCUUCGUUUUCAAAACACAGUUAUUCGGAAUUAGACUAACGGUGCACUGAAAUGUAUGGAGUUCUUUCUCAAAUGAAGCGUGGUAAGUACGUCAAUUCGUGGGUUGGGGGUUUCAAAACUACCACGACCGUAACAACACACUACUGUGAAUUAUCUGUAUAAAUGAAAAAUUUUCACAAGGAGUUCGAUAUCACAAACUAGUCAACCCAUUUACUAAAAUUUCAUCAUUAUUUAUCUAUAGAAAAUGGAUUUCGCUCUUCAAGAUAUACUGUCGCGUAUUUUUCUUAAUGUCUCAUUUUGGUCAAGGGUAUCUACUAGAACACGUUGUUCGUGGGUUUUAAUCAAAAACAGAAGUCAGUUCAUUAAAAUCCUUGGGAAAGGUGUUUU